AUGGCCAAGGAGUGGAUUAAUUUCGUAUCCACGCUCUCUGAACUAAGUAAUCUUAAGAUUCCUAGAUUUGUAUUCCAGAAAAAUCACAUAGUGCUCCAUGGAUUUGCAGAUGCGUCAUCUUCGGCAUACGGAGCUGCAAUCUAUGUUCAAGCUUUGCCAGUUUCGGGAUUGCCAACCGUUCGACUUUUGUGUAGCAAGUCACGAGUUGCACCUAUAAAAACCUUAUCAAGGUUGCCAGGUUGCCUUCUAUUAUCCAGAUUGAUGGAUAAAGUGAUAUCUUCGUUGAAUGUUAAAGUAGAAAAAGUAAUUCUUUGGUCUGAUUCUACGAUUUCUCUUGCUUGGAUUAGAAAAUCACCACGCUUACUAAAAACUUUCGUGAGUAACAGAGUCGCUUUAAUACAAGAGCUUACGGAAUCAUACCAAUGGAAAUAUGUGCCAUCUGAAUGUAACCCAGCUGAUGUCAUAUCGCGUGGACUGCAUGCAAACGACAUUCUUACGUGUGAUAUCUGGUGGAAUGGACCAGACCUUCUUCGUGAGGACGUGCAUUAUCCAGAACAACCUCUUGCGCCUACGACUGAUAAUGACUAUGUCAAGGAACUAAAAUGUUUAUCAGACUCUAAUUUUGCAAUAUUAGAAAAUAAUUCUAGUUUAGCUUCUCUCUUAAAUCGAACAAAUAAUUAUAUGAAAUUAAUCAAAAUUUUUAGGUUCUUCAGAAUCAUUAGGAAUAAGGAAAGGGUUUCAGGGACUAUAUCCUUAGAGGAACGGAAAGGGGCCGAGUUAACAUUGACUAAGGAAGUGCAGAAAGAUGAGUUUUAUUCUGAUAUCGAGUCACUUAAGAGGGAUAGCCAGGUACCUCGUAGGAGCAAGCUUAAAUCGUUAAAUCCAUUCAUAAUGAUGGAAUCUUACGCGUCGGUAGCAGACUGGCGCAGUCUCAGGUAA